AUGACAACCAUCAAUGACAUACAUGACCUGGUGGAGCUGCUCCAGAACAAUCCGGAUUGGGCAGAAACCCUCAGGAACAUCAUCCUGACCAGGGAAUUGCUAGAUCUUCCCGAGACCUUUGCCCGAGCCCUGCAGGACUGGGCAGAGACCAACCAGGCGCUGACCCGCCUGGAGACAAGCAACGCGGCAUCGCUGGCCAGCCAGAGGCUGCUGCACGGCCGCCUCGGGCAAUUGGCCGGCGGAGACUAUGAGCAACAGGUAGACCGGCUCGCCUCCAGGCUGGUGGCCAGAGAAAUGGACGUCUUGAACGCAGUAACCCUGCAGAGAAGCUGGGGGCCGCCGGAUCCGGAUUACGCCAGGUCCCUGGCGAACAUCUGCCGUCGGGCAGUGGAAACGGGGGCCAUUUCUCCGGAAGAGGACGACGAACUCUUCAGGACCGACCUGGUACUCCAGGGCGUUAAAGAGGGAACGACGGUCUACGUGGUGACGGAGGCCUCCGUGGUAGCCGCAGCCCACGACUUUGAGCGAAGCGACCAAAGAGCUGAGGUCCUGGCAAAAGCCCUGGGAUCACCGAACGGGGCCACCGUGGUAAGCGCCGUAAUCGGCGACAGCCUGCACCCGGACCUGGAUCCAGAGAAAUACCACGCCAGGUAUAUCAACCUCCCCUUCCGAAGGGAGGAAUACCAGGCAGCCCUGGAAUCGGUGGACGCCGCCAUUACCGCGGCAACCGGUACCGGCUUAAGUCAAUAA